AUGCAUAUCAACAUCAGAAGUUUAAUACACAAGGCAGAUGAGUUGUUUGAUUAUUUAAACAAUUUUGUGUGCACAUUUGACGUCGUAGCCAUCACUGAAACAUGGCUUAAUGAUAGUACAGAGGAUUUGAUUUGUAUGAACGGUUUCAAAUUCAUCGGAAAAAAUCGAUUGAGCAAACACGGUGGAGGAGUAGGAUUCUACGUAAGCAAUAACUUGACCUUCAAGACAAGAGAUGAUUUAAACAAGUUGGGAGGUCUAGAUUUUGAAACUUUCGCAAUUGAAUUAGAGACUGACCCUUCAACCAAAAAUUUCGUCAUUGUUGUAUCAUACAGACCACCCAGUUGCAACGCGAUCUAUUACCUGCAGCAAUUGGAAAUUAUAUUGCAACAAAUAGACGUUGAAAACAAGCAUGUUGUUAUCACAGGUGAUCUCAACAUUGAUAUGAGCGACACGAACGAUGAUGUUAACAAAAUGUAUUUAUGUCAACUUUUUACCUGCUACAGUUUUGAUCAGUUAAUAACGCUUCCAACAAGAAUCAGUGUUGAAAAGCAAUCAAUCAUCGACUGCUUUUUCACAAACUUUCCGCAACAGGUAGCGUUAUGUGGUGUGCACGUUCAUGAUAUAUCGGACCAUCUGCCCAUCACCGCCACUAUCAGUUCUUCCAUUAACAAAAAUAAGUCCAAAUACGUAAAGAAUCAACAAAUCUACUCCUUUUCAAAAAGUAGAAUAAACAAACUUAAUGAAGCUUUAUGUAUCAACGAUUGGUCAGAUGUUUUGUUAUGCAAGGAUGUAAAUGAUGCUUUCAAACUAUUCAUUGACCUAUUUAAAAAACUUUUCGAUGACUGUUGCUUAAUGGAAAAUGUCAAAAAAUCUAGAAAUUUUCUCUGUAACAAACCAUGGAUUACAAAAGAAUUUAGUAUUUUACUCAAAAAUAAAAAUUCUUUAUAUAAAAAAUUUCUCGAAAAUCCAACCGGGAUAAGAUACACGAAAUUUAAAUCAAUUGCCAAACGUUGCUCAAAUCUCAACAAUAAGCUAAAAAAACAAUACUUCAGUGACUUGUUUCAACGAACAAAAAAUAACAGCAAAAAAACGUGGUCGAAUAUUUUAAAAAUAAUAAAUAAAAGUAAAGAUGAUAAAAAUGAAAAGUUACUAACCUCAGAUGAACAGGUUUUAGACAAUCCUGAAGAUGCACUUAACAAACACUUCAUAAGCCUAGCUCCAAAUUUGAUGAAAGAUUUUACGAAAAAUUCUGAAUGGAAGCAAACAAUGCACCAUAAACUUUCAAAUUCCUUUUUUUGUCUUGAUACCUCAUUUGAAGAAGUUGUCGAGCGGCAAAAAGUUUACGACCCAAAUAUUCAAGUGGUCUCAAAUUUUGAGUUAUCUGGUAAAUUUUUCAUUUGCGACAGGCAUAUUUCCUCAAUGUUUCAAAGAAAAAUGGCGAAAGCACUUGGCGUUAUCAACAAAGUUCGAUUUUACGUUCCAAGAAGAACGUUAAAUAUGCUCUAUAACGCCAUAUGCGUACCGUACAUCUCUUACUGCAACGUAGUCUGGGCUGGUACCUAUCGCACGAUCACCGAUCCGAUCCGAUUAAUAAUGAAAAGGGCAGUGAAUGCCUACUUCACGGCUAAUUUUGUCUACAAACAGCUGACAAACAAGUUACCAUCAAUAUUCAAUCAUUACUACACUUGCAGCAACAACAAGAGACAAAAUUACAUUAGAUCAAAUUCAUCAAAAACAAACAUUCUCUUCUUCCACGUAUAUUGCAAAGGACCGAGAAUCUGGAAUUUGCUAUUAAAGAACAACUUUAAAAUUGACUCAAUGUCUGAUGUUAAAUUUAGGCAGAAACUGAAAAAUUUUAUUUUAAACUUAAGAAUUAAGUUCUGUUGA